CACUUACUUAUGCACUCGUAACCGGCAACCCCCCUUCGUUCCCCCGUCUCGCCUGCCCGCUAUCCUUACUGCCGUCAACUGUUUUAUGACGGGCGUCGAGUCGGUGCCCUAUACUUCUCACGCUUCCUAGUCACUCGUUACAUACAUACAUACACCGUCCCUCGCUCCUCCGUUCAAAGUUUUAUAGCAGUAGGCAGGCAGGCUGGCGGGAUAUUCGUUCGGUGCACCCACAAUAAUCGACGUCGAACUCACCUGAUUUACCGCGUCUCCUCGUGAAAUAACAUGACGGCGCGUCAACGUUCCACCAGUUCGCUCUCUCACGCCAGUGGUGCUUCCUCGCCCGGUGGUUACUCGACUAGCACGCUCCACGAUCCCGAUCCGCUGAUCCUGAGCGCGGCCGAGAUACCUUCGUUUCACGGCGACUCGUUCCCACAGCAUUCUUAUGGCACCGACUCACCGUAUCCCGCCAUGACGGCGACCUAUAUUCCCUCGGGGAUUCCUCCCACUGGCAUGUCGAGGCCCCGCGCACAUACGAGUGCCGGCGCCGAUCAGGGGGGAAACGCGUUCAACCCUCCGCAGAUGAGGAACGUGGUGCAGAGGAACUCCAUGCUGCCGGUACACACUGGUGCGGGGAUGCGGCAUGUGUCGACCUCUCAAUUGGAGACCAGCGGGCGAUUCGGCGGAGGGGGAGGGGGAGGGAAUGGUCCAGGAAGUCUAGGAAACGGUCAGUUCGUCCUGCCUCCGCCGCCGUCACAGCCGCCGCCUCCAUCAUCGCUGCCUGCGAUGGCUCGUAACCAGCAAGAGUUCCAGCCCAUGUAUGCACCGAGACCCGACUAUAAGAACUCCUCGGGCUAUAACUAUCCUUAUUCACCUCAGCCGCCUUCGUCAUCGCAUGGAGUGCCGUAUUCCCCGCAUCAGAAGCCUCCGCCCCUACAAGUGCCAACCUACAAUGCCAACCAGUACAACCCCUCGAACUAUAAUACCCCUCGGCAUCCACCUGAUAUGUACCGACACCCAUCCGCGCAGCUGUCAGAAUCAUCUUUCCUUCGACUCGAUCCUCAAGAUGACUACAGGAACCCCCCGCUUUCAGCCGGUCCUAUCGGCCGCUCGAGCCAUCCGCCCCAAUCACCGUUGGUGUCGUCGUUCUCGGUGGCUGCUGACAUUGCUGCUCUGUGGUCUAUUGACCGUGUAACCGGAUACCUGGACCGUCACCGAUUCCCAGCCGAGUGGCGCCAGGCGUUCCGAAAUCUUAACAUCCAUGGCGUCGAGUUUUUGGAGUUGGCACAUAACCAAGGAAUUUUCCAACAUGUGCUCCCCGAGGUUCUACGGAUAAAUCCCGCUUUAGAUGAGUCGCAGGAACGUGUGGCUGCGAAGAAUAUCAAAAAGAUGAUUCAGGAUAUUCACCGGCUGGCUCAAGGUGAUGAGUACGGUGAUAUGGCCGCUCCAAGGCAGCAGCAACAGACCAUGCGCCGGCCCAUCCCCACGCCGAGGAGUUGUACGAUGCCCGUGUAUUCGGAGGCUGGCGGUUUCAAUGGUGCUGGGGGUGAUGCAGCACAACGGCCAAACGGAUCCGACCCGGCGUUGAGAAGUCGGAGUGACUUUACUAAGUCGAUGCUGGGUUCCGUCGAUCCGAUUCGUCACUCGCCCUCCAAUUCCGAGAGUGGUGGAGGUGGAGGUGGAGGUGGGGGUGCCGGACAUCGACCAUCUGUUCCAGCUUCUCCUCAUGGAUCGCCACGUCUUUCGCAUCAGCUCCCCUCUACUCGACAUGGACACUCGAACUCUAUGGAAUCGAAUUCGUCUAACCUGAACCAUAGACAAGGCGACGGGAAGAACGACAAAGCCCGCCAGAUACUCGGGCUGAUCCCUAGGGGCAGUGGUGGCAGCGACAAGGCGGAAUCGCCGCAUGGGUCGAGCAGGCAAGAUCUAUUUGAAUCGCCGCAGCAGCAACAUCAGCAACAGCGACAUGGCGGAGGGAAGAUACUCGACAAAGUCAAGCGCCGGUGGUUCUCGAGGGAUGGGGAUAUUCACGACGAGGAGUCGCCCACUAGUCCCGGACGAGGGCGCGGACUGGUUAGCUUGCCCUUCGCUGCGUCAGAGAAUAAUGGCAGCAGUUCUUCGGUCGAUAGAGUGUCGGUUUCCUCGGUCGAUGGGACCAGGAGACAUCGUGCUUCGUAUGGCCAACUCCCGACAAGGAACACUCCUGCGUAUGUGCUUGUUACGAGGGAUGGCAGAGUUUGGAUCUUGGUUGAUAUCACGCUCGCCGAGACUGCGGAUGCGGUGCGGAAGGAAAUCUGUAGCAACUUGGAGAUUGGCGAUUGGGAGACUGCUUUGAUAUACCCCACUGAGCUUGGGCAGAGGGCACAUGAUGAUGUAUUUGCGGAUAGUAUGUUAAUGCUCUCCUGUCGGAACAGGGCCGAUAGCGUUGCAACGUUGAAGUUAUUUGUGCGACCUUCGCCUGGGUCCGCUGUUGAGUCGUCACCAUCGUUGGAGAGAGAUCUUUCGACAUCUCCAUCGAAGCACAGUAUCUUCCUCUCCGAACCUCGCCCGCUCUUUUCCGAGCGCCGGCCCCACUCAAUAUCGCUCUCCUCUCCGACUGAGUCUACCUCGAGCACACUCAAGCAGAGUAGCGUGACCAGGAAUUUGGUCGAAACCGAAAGUGAUCGGGUAUCCCCUUCCGCUGAGUAUGUAACCAAGGGUGAUGAGGGUGGUGAUCUUGAUGUCUUACGACAGAGAUUGGCCGUGCUUCGCAGGCACCAAGAGUCCGGCAACUCAGCUGGCAACCCAAAAAUCAAUGUCAUCCAGCCAAACAGUCCCCUUCCUCCGCCUGCACCACCGCAGGGUUCGGUUCAGCCGUCUCCUAACGACCAGAGUCCACCGCCAUAUCCUGCUACAGCAGAUGCAACAACCGCGAAUCUUGAGGACCAACCGCCCGCAACUCCACAGGCCGACUCGGGACCUUCCCCUGCCGGCCCUGAGAAUGAGUUGUUCUUUGAGGAUCGCAGGGCUUCCUCUCCUUUUGCUUAUCCAAAUAGCCGUGGUGGAUCGGCUGGUGCGCUUACUCUGGAAGCUGCGGCCCGUCAAAAGAUGGAGGGACUAUCUCAGCAGCAGCAACAACUCCAACAACAGCAGCAGUUGCAACAACUACAACAGCAACAGGCGCUACAACAACAGCAGCAGCAGCAGCAGCAACAACAACAACAACAACGGCCAGCUGAGCAAGGCUUCAAGAGAAACACGAGACCCCCGGAUCUUGACAAGGGAUUCCAAAAGCCUGGGCAACGACGUAUCGUUGAUUUCGACAACCCGCGAGCAUCGCCUUACGAGGACCGCAAGAUGGAGGAUCUCAUCCCACAAAGAAACCCUCCUCCAGUACCCGUACCCGCAGUUACUCGGUCGUCUUCCGGCUCCUGGACCAGGCUUCAGGCGGCACAGGCACAGGCACAGAUGCAGGCUAUGAGAAGGGCUGGUGGUGGGGAUGGUAUGGAUAAACCAAUGGUACAGGUGCGCCGACAUGACGGACAUCCCGGAUCGCCAGCACGGAAUAGUGGUGGUCCGGAUCCUUCGGCUGGUAUCGGUUCCUCGUUGAUAUCGGCUGGUGCACUUUCCGCCAGUAUCACUGGAACCCGGAUUCCCGGUGUGCGAAAGGAGGUGCCACUGCGACAAUCGUCUCACGAGAAUCAGACUCUACACCAGAGGGCGCUUUCGAAUGGAAACUUCAAUGGCCCUGCAUCGCAGAAACUCAAGGUGAUCAUUCCUACUGGUGGCCGCCCGGUAUCCCAGAGUAUGAGUCCGAUGAAUAUGACUCCUCCCGUCAUUCCCAACCCUGCGCUCGGACAUGAGACGCCAUUCAGGGAAAAUGACGUGCAAUUCACCAAAGCGCUUCCAGUCGCUGUGGCGGACUCUCAAGCGGAUGAUGAUGAUAGUGACAGCGAUGAUGGACUAUUUGCAAGGCCCGUCAUUCGAGCUAGUGGCGGUGAGCCGGCGAAGCCUGCUCCUGCGCCCCAGCCGCAAGAGGCAUCUGAAAAGCCGAAUCUGUCCAUUACCACCAGCACCACGAAGUCGGUGAAGUUUAAGUCACCUACGACGACAUCAACCACCGGCAGUGGAAGUAACACCACUGCGCAGACACCACUGACCCCAGAGUACGAAGAGGGCGACGACCGACGGGGAUUCAACUCGCCGACGGUAUAUAACAACUCUGUCCCGAGCUCUGCCACAGGACUUCCCCAUUCGCCCGCCGACUACUCCCGUCUAGGCCGUCGCGACUCGUUCCGGAACGAUGUGUGGGCAUCUCGUCCCGCCCCCGAAGCGCUGAUCAAGCGUCUCGACGACUUCUUCCCGGAUCUGGACCUGGACCAGCCGAUUAUCGACGAGAGCAACAUCUCUCCACCACCGUCACCGGCAAUGCCCGGAAAACCACAGUCGUACCAACUCAGUGACCCACCGGUGCCCAGGUUUGACCAGGAUAUUGACGAUUCGUCAACAAUGGGCUCGAUGAUGGCCGUGCCCAUGAACAGGGGCAAAGCGGUUGCCCAAAGGAAUGUCGGGCGAUCUGGCGGACUGGGCAGAAGGACCACUAUCCGUGACGUUGCAAAGCGUGCUCACGAGCCGAGGCGUCCUUCGCAACCUCAGAUUGAAGGCCUUAAGAAUAAUGAUAUACUACGGAGGAAGAGUACCAAGUUAUUUGGUGCCAAACUUAUCGAGAUUAAGGGAAAGCGCGGAAUGCAAAAUCGCCAAACGAAGAUUCCCGAGCUAUCGCAGCCGCAGCAGUUCGGUGGCACCCCCACCAGACAGGCCACGUUUAAGUGGUACAAGGGUGAGCUCAUCGGCAAGGGGACGUACGGCAAAGUGUACCUGGGCAUGAUCGUCACCACCGGAGAGUUCAUAGCCGUUAAGCAAGUCGAGGUGUCCAAGAGCUCUGGCGAUGCCGAGCAUCAGAAAGAGUUGAUCGCCGCAUUGAACCAGGAGAUCAUCACCAUGGAGCAUCUCGACCACGUGAACAUCGUGCAAUACCUCGGCUGCGAACGCGAAGAUUUUGGUACACACAUGAGCAUCUUCCUCGAGUACAUCCCCGGAGGCAGUAUCGGCAGUUGUCUCCGCAAGCACGGGCGAUUCGACGAGCCCAUGGUCCGCAGUCUCACGCGACAAACCCUCAGCGGACUGGAGUACCUCCAUCGCGAGGGAAUCCUUCACCGCGAUCUCAAAGCCGACAACAUCCUCCUCGACGUCGACGGCACCUGCAAGAUCUCGGACUUUGGCAUCUCGAAGAAAACAGACAACAUCUACGGCGACGAUCCGGGGAACUCAAUGCAAGGCUCGGUCUUCUGGAUGGCGCCCGAAGUCAUCCGGCCAGAGGCUCAGGGCUACAGCGCAAAGAUCGAUAUCUGGUCGCUCGGAUGCGUGGUGCUCGAGAUGUUUGCGGGCCGCAGACCGUGGAGUAAGGAGGAGGUCAUCGGUGCCAUCUAUAAACUCGGCUCCGAACGUCAGGCCCCACCCGUACCCGACGACGUCUCUUCGGUCAUCUCGCCGAGCGCUAUCGGUUUUUUAGCGGAUUGUCAUACCAUCGAGCCAUCCGAACGCCCAACGGCCAAGACGCUGCUCGAAAAACACGAGUUCUGUGAAGUCGACCCGAACUACGAUUUCUCAAAGACGGAGCUCUAUAAGAAGAUUCAGCCGAAACAGACGUAAUCCUAUUUACUACUACUCACUCACUCAUUCACCCCUCUCAUUGCAUGGCAUACAUUGCAUGGCAUAAUUCUCCUUUUUUUAGCGUGUUUUUUUGAGCGUUUUUUAUUCCCCAUUCAUCAUUGCGUUGCUUGGAGGUUUUCUUUGUAUCGUGCUUUGAUCUGGUUUUGGUUUUUUGGCGCAUGGGCGGGAAUGGGAGGGUAGGAGGGGUAAGAGGGAUGGGAGAGGUGGGA